AUGACGCGGAUUGUCUUUCCCAUCAGCGACAAUGAGCUGAGAGCCGCCGUCGAUGCGACGUUGGCUGCUGCCCAUGCCAGUCUCCGUGCCCUCAACAGGCAGGUUUGGUCGAAUCCAGAAACGGGCUUUCAGGAGCACAAGGCCCACGAUGCCAUCUGUGACUUUCUCGAAGCCCAAGGGUUCAGCGUGACACGGCAUGCGUACGGUAUCGAGACGUCGUUUGAGGCCAUCAGCGGCUCAAACGGUCGUCUGGUCAGUUUCAACGCCGAGUACGAUGCCCUCCCUGGAAUAGGUCACGCCUGUGGGCACAACCUCAUCACCACAAGCAGCACCGCCGCUUUUAUCGCCUUGUCGGCUCUUCUUAAAAAGUAUCGAGUUCCUGGACGUGCCCAGCUGCUCGGUACGCCGGCAGAAGAGGGCGGCGGCGGCAAGGUGCGCCUGAUUGAAGCGGGGGCCUAUGGCCCAGUUGACGUCAUGCUCAUGGCCCAUGCCGGCUCCAACGAUAUACUCGGCAAUGUUAAAACAGACGGAGUGGCUGGCGUCCGCGUCGACGCCACUAAGCAAAUCGAGGUCGAAUAUACUGGCAAGAGUGCCCAUGCAGGCGGUAAUCCCUGGGAUGGGAUCAACGCCCUCGACGCUCUCGUGGCCUCGUACAACAACAUUUCGAUACUGCGUCAGCAGAUAAAACCCGACGAACGGAUUCACUGCGCCUUUCUUGAAACGCCCAAAGUGACCAACAUCAUCCCAUCCUUUACCAGGGCCAACUGGCAGAUUCGCAGCCCCACUCUUGACGAGCUCGAAGUUCUGGUGGCCAGGGCGCGCAGGUGUAUCGAGGCCGGUGCGCUGGCUACAGGAUGCGGUGUGAAGUUGAAAGAGCAAGUGUUGCCCAUCUCUGACCGAGGUGAACUCUACACGGACAUCCGGAUCAAUGAGAUGCUCUGCGAGCGAUAUCAGCUACAUAUGCAAGAGUACGAUCGAAAUGUUAUCAAGAGCAUACACGACAAGGUCAUGACAGCUUCCACGGAUGCCGGAAAUGUGAGCUACGUUGUUCCCACGCUCCAUACCAUGUUUUCCAUCGGGGCCCCCGACGGCGUGUUCCCGCACGAGCCGAGGUUCCAAGCUGCCGCCGGGACAGACAAGGCUCACAACGAGGCCGUAAUAGUCGGCGCGUCGCUUGCGCUUGUUGGAUGGGAUAUGCUCACGGAUGAUAAUCUAUUCAACAUUGUCAAGAAGGAGUGGGAUGAAGACAUCAUCAACAGGGGCAUGUACACCCAGACAUACCUUGGCUGCACAUGA